UUUCAAUAGCAAAAAUGACGAUCGUGUCCGAUGAAAAAUUAUUUGCAAUUGUUUUAUACUCCACGUUUGUUAAUAACGAACAUCUGCCUUCUGUCAGAGAUAUUUGGAAGAAUCCUUGGGUAACUGGAACUUCCGGAGCAUUGGUAAUAGGAUUAGUUGGUGCAAUAGUUGUACCAUUAAUUUUAUCAGCGAUAAUUUGUGUACUAGGAUUUGGUGUAGAAGGUGUUGCAGCAGGUUCAUUUGGUGCUUGGUUUAUGUCAUUGUAUGGAGGUAUGAUUGCACGUGGAAGUCUUAUUUCAUUUUUGCAAUCGAUUGGAGCUACUGGUUUAGGAACUUUGGGAACUUCCUUAAGCAGUAGUUUUGGAGCAGCUAUCGGAAUUCUUAUUGGAGCAAUUGGUGGUUCAAACCUUGCAACAUAUUUUAAGGAAAUGGAUUUAAAUGAUUCUGAAAACAAAAUUUUUGGAAGUUUGGUUCAUAUCGAACAAAAUACUUAUCAAAAUAACCAUCACAUGGUUAUAUUCACACUCAUGCCGGCUUUAUUAUAUAAUGAUACACUUUUAAGAUGUUUUUUUGAAACAUUUAUACCUAGUUCACCAUUUGCUAAUUCUAAAUUGUUUAGAUUUGAUUUUAUGGAAAAUGAUUUAUUGUUAAAAUCAGAAAAAGAAAGAUUGAAUCGUGCUAUUCAUAAUUUGUUAAUCGAUAAUUAUGAAAAAUCUAGAAUAGAAUAUAUUUUUCGCGAUAAUUACUUAGCUGGGAUAAAGUUAGGUCUUAAUGGUUAUAAAUCAUCAAAUGAUAAGGUAAAUUUAUUGGCUGAUAUUUGGCAACUUAUAAAUGGUAAUAUUGUUUUAGAUAUUGAUAUUGAUAAAAUUCGCGAUAAAUUUCACGAUCAAAUUCAAAUCUUUUAAACUAUUUUCAUGACAAAUUCAAUUUAUAAAUAUUGAGAGUUCGUACAAUAUAUAUAUGUAUUUA